AUGCCUGCUCGCCUCACGCUUCUCUGGCGUUCUUUCCGGUUACCGUGGCGCACACGCGUCUAUGUUGGCUCUGAUCUUUCAGGCAACACCUAUUACGAAUCACUCAACCGUUUUCAUGGUCGAACAAGACGUACGGUUGAAAUAAACCGUCCAAUACCGGUUGCAGAGUAUCGUGAAGAUGACUUGCCUGUGCAAUGGCAGAGCUGGUUGAAACAUACCAGGUUCGACCCGCCCACGCUACCAGAGUUGGAAGAGGAUGACAAGAGAAAGCGUGUCAUGAAGGAAAAAAUCAGAUUGUUGGAAAUUCAGUACGCGGACGAGAAAAGGAAAAGAUUGGAAAAUGCGAGAGAGACGGGAGAGCGGCAAGCGGACGAGAGUCGAGAUGGAAAACAAGUUGCAAGGCAAGAAUCGUUAGCCGAAAAGUUGUCAAAGAGGAAUGUGCCUAACCCCAGUGAUGACUUUCGACCGGAGGAAUGGAUACCGGAUCCAGAUAAAAAGCAAGCCUAA